AUGGAAGGAGGGGAUGGGGAGGCAGAGACAUUUGGUUUUGGGAAAAGCUCACCAAUCAAAACCAGAGUGAUGAAGGAAUUCGACCAGCAACUCUCUGAACUCCGUAAGGAGAACUUCAAUCUGAAGUUGAGGAUAUAUUUUUUGGAAGAACGGCUUGGGAAGAGUGGAGUAGCAGGAGGAAAUGGUGAAGACCUGCAGAAAGCAAACAUUGAACUCAAGGUGGAGACAGAGAAUCUUCGCCGGGAAUUGCAGAGAAAACAGUCCCUCUUGACUCAAGCAUCAGGUGCCCUUGAGGCUCUUGAGAAGCAAAGAGAGCUCAAUGCUCAUGAGAGAAAACAAGAGGCUGAACGUUAUGAAGCUCAAAUCUUGGAAUUGCAACAGGCUAUGGAGAAGCUGAAGGUUGCCACUCCUGCUGAGUUGAUCCAUAUGCCUGAUGAACCCUCACGGGAUGCCACAGGUAUUCUUGGUGCAACAUAUACAGAAGAUGAAGUGAAUGAACUGAGAGGAAGGAUACUAGAACUUGAAGGGCAAGUUGGCCUGUUGCACAAGGAAAUAUUGAUCAAAGAGGAAGACAUUCACUCCAUAGGAAAAAAUUUGGAGAACAUCAAACAGGAACUGGAGGAUAAGAGUGAGAAGCUUGUAGAGCUUGAAACUGAAAUGACAGAAAAGGAGAACCGCAUUGACAGUCUCGUUCAUGACCUUGAGACUCGUCACAAAGAGAUCUCAGAGAAGAAUAACCGCAUCCAAACAUUGACGGAAGAUCUACAGGUUCUGGAGCCUGAGAUAGUAGUGAAACGGAAUGAGCUGGAAGAACGGGAUCGAAUUAUUGAGGAAAAAAACAGUCAGCUAGAGCAGCAACAGAAGAUUCUAGUAGAAAUUCAAAUCACCUUGGAUGAGAAGCAGAAAGAAUUAGAAGAGUAUGAAAGGAAACUCAAUGCUGCCUGUCAGAAAAUAAGUGAUCUUGAAGCCCAGUUGCACAAGGCCCACAAGGCUGUUCAGGGACUCACUACUAGCAUUGAGAAAAAAGAGGCCGAGAACAAGAAAAAAGAGAAGAAAAUUCGGGAGUUGACAGCACAGCUCCGUGAGGCACAGGACAUGUUGAAUAAGGCAAGGUGGGAGGCUCAAGCAGCCUCCAAUGCUUCUGCUACAGCCUCUUUGAAGGAUCUUGCUGAUGAGGAGAAUGAGAGACUAUGGGCACAGCUUGAGGAGAAAGAAAAAUUGCUUUCCUCACUGCAGGCCACCAGGGAAGAAGCUCAACACCAGCUUGAAGCCCUACAGUCUAACAUCAUGGUACACAAUGAUAAAGUGAAGUGCUUAGAAGAUGAAAAGGCUGCAAAAGAACAAGAAUUGACAAACCUGAAGGAUGUUUUGGCAAAGUUGCUUGGACCUCUUUGUCAACUGGAUCUGAACUCUCUCCAAGCCAAGGCAGAGGGAAAACUCAGAGAAAUGGCAGAGCUUCAGAAAACUGCUGCAUGCAAGGAUAAUGAACUUGAUAACAUCAAAAAACAACUGAGAGCCAAGGAUCUCCCUAAACAGAGCUUUUUACAAGCUUCUAGAAGUGAUGGGGCUAUCUCCAAGAGGAUUCGUAGCAUAUCUUGUGAAAGAGAAAACAAGGAAAACCAGCUGAUCCCACAGAAACCUCUGAAAGAACAGAAUCAUGGGAAUGUGGCUCAUUCCCAAUAUGUGCAUCAGUUGCAGGCAGGCUCCAUGGCUGAUGUCAAUGGUCUAAGAAAUGAGGUGGAGCAUCUAAAGUCACUCAUGCAAGAGAAACAACAAUGGCUCUCUGAAAUGGAAAAAUUGAGAACAAGAGAGAAAUUGGAAGAGAAGUUGCGAGAUAUGCAAAAUCGUUUGGAGCAACAGCAGCAGCAUCAUGCUAUGAAAGAAAGAGAAGCUGAGCAGCAAAUCACUCAGUUGAAAUCAGAGUUGGAAUCAGCCAAGAAAUCCUCAAUGACAUCAAGUUCAAGUGAAAGAGCUAUGGCACAUAUUGACAACACAAGGAAAUAUAAGAAAGCUGUGACCUCACUCCAGAAGCGGUUAGCUGAGAGUCACACUACCUGUGAUCUGCUUCGCACCCACCUGGAGCAACUGGCAGACUUCCUGGAGCACAUAUUGAACAUGGACUCCCAGAAUGCAUCCAAUAUGAAUGGAAGACUAUCUCCUUCAGAAUUAAAUGCCAUCAAGGUGGCAUUGGACCGUAGCCGCCAGCUUUCCAACUCUCUAUCCCAGUCCUUGGUGUCUUCUCCAGAUUGCCUUGCCACUAAUGCUCAUCUCAGCUCCACAAGUUGGGAUGAAAGCUUUUCAUCCAGUUGGGAAGAACCUCCCAGCAGUAGUGGUUUGGAUGGUAUCCAGAGUGGGAGGGACUCAGUUGGGAAACAUGUGACCAUCAAGCAGUUAAGUAAGAAGGUAGCUGAGCAGACAGAUGAACUUACAACAAAGAUAGCUCAGAUUGAGACCCUCAAUCAAAAUUUGGAAGAGAAGACAUCUGCAAUAAAGACUCAAGUUUCACAGAUUGAAGCACUUCAAACUGAAAAUCUUAAACUCCUGGAACAGCUCAAAGAAAAAGAUGCAGAACUUGAGCAAUGUAAAUAUCAGGCUUUAUCAUCUCACCCAAUGUUUGGUGCUGAUUUGGGGAAUGUUAAAGGCAAGAAAGACCAAGCAGGAUCUCCUGGAGAAAUGUGUGACUUUGGGACAACUCGAAACCUUGGAUUGGGUUUCAGUUUGAGUCUGCAAGAAAUGCGAAAUAUAGGAGAAGCCAUCCCCAACACCCUACGAACUCUUUCAACACGCAGUGCUCAACAGCUUCAUAUUGAGGAGCACAGCCUCUACUGGCAUCAAUUGUCUCCUGUUUCCUAUAAUGAAGGGCUCCACAAUUGUGGGAAUGAGUCACAAGAACUGAACUUGGUGGCUCUAAAUGGUGAUGCCCAUGUACCAAGUGACCCUCAGAAAAGUAUGAAGGUGUCUUUAUCUGACUCCCAGCUAUUAAAGCCACAAACUCAAGGGUCCAUAGAUGCCUUACCACCUCCAUCUCCAGCAUCUGUAGGAGCAGGAGUCAAGGGAAAUGAUUCCUGGCUCAUACCAUCUAUAGCUCCACAGUUUACUUACUUGGGCUAUGGCAAUCCUGUCAAUUCAUCUCCAAGCCCUGUUCCAAGUCCUCCACAGGAUGGCACAAAGAAACGUGUCCAAGAAAGUACCACAUCCAAAGCUCACUCUGUAGCUGGAUUCAAACCCUGCAUUGGUUUCUCUGCAAGUGAAUCAGAAGCCUGGUCAGAGCCAGACCGCAGUGUCAGCUUGGCUCGAAUUGGCCUCGAGCAAUUGAAUGGUCAGAAAGAUCGACCGGUCCAUGACACAUCUGAUUCAGAAGACAGUGAAAAUGAUGGUGCCCAAGUAAUGCAAAGAAGAGCCCGAUGGGAAGGAGGGGAAUUGAGGAAACUACAGGGCAAGAUCAAGAGUUUGGAACAAGUGAAUGCUGCUUUACAGGCUCAGCUGAGUAUGAGCCAAAGGCUUCCAACUUCUCAAGAGGUUCAAGCAAGCAUGAGAGAAGCCCAUGGUCACAGUGCAUCAACAUCCCAUCUUAAUAAACGGAGUGAUGUGGAGAGGUUUUGUUUGAGUCAAGAAUUGACAGAAGCUGAACUCCUCAAGGAGCAAGAGCAAGUAAGGGAGUUAGAAAAGGCUGCUCAAGAAGCUAUUGAGAAGUGUGCUGAAGCUGAGUUGAAGCUUUCCCAAAGGGAACUUACCCUCUCACGAGCACAAGAGAAGCUGAAAGAAAAUGCAAGUAAAAUAUCAAAAUAUGAAGAAUCAUGUAAGGACUUGGCUCAGAAGCUGGAGGUAGCUGAGGAUGCAGUUUUGAAGCUACAAUCUCAAGUUAAGGACUUGGAAGCUCGGCUGGAUGAGAAAGCUCUUAUUUUUGAAGAGGUGAACAACCUGAAGCAGAAAUUGCAUGUUGAGGAAGCAAAGAGGAUUGAAACUGAGGUCAAAUUGAGACAGUAUGCUGAAGAGUUUAAAAAGGCAAAAGAAACUGCAGAAUUAUUUCAAGAGCAGCUAAAAGAAGUUAAGGAGAGACUGACAGCAAAAUGUGUUGACAUGGAGAAGAGUUUGGAACUGCAGAAGCAGGAGUGGAAAGAAAAGGAAGGAAAGUGGCAGGAGGAGCUUAAUAUGUGGCAGGGGAAGGAAAAGCAAUGGCAGAUGGAUUAUGCCUCUUUUAAAGAGAAGGCAAAAGUGUGGACCAAGAAACAAGAAAAGUGGAGGAGGACUCUUGUUCAGGUUGACCAAGAACAAGUGAAUUGCUCAAGUAUGGAAGAGGCCAUUAUGCGGCAGGUGCAACUUGUGCUAGCUCUGCAGAAAAAGCUUAAGACAUCAGAGGUUGCUGUCAAGGAUCUUCAACAUCUAGUCAAAGAUAUGGAGAGGAAGCCAUCUCAGGGAAUCAGUCAAGAGUGCCAAGCAGACUUAUCUACCAACGCUGAGCUGGAUUUGAAAGAAAAAAUUCAAUCCUUGGAGGUUCAGCUUCAAGCAUUCCAAGCAAUGAGACAAGACUUGAGUCCAAGUAGGAGUAUGGAUGGAAUCCAUAUCCUGGAUGGAGGUGGCAAUGCUCUUCUCAUACCAUCACCACAAUUCAGCCCAGUUCCUGUCCGAGGGCAUUCCUCUCCAUUUGAAUUUGCAUCAUCUCCCGGGACACAGAUUGUCCAAAUUCUUGGGAAUCCCCGAUCGAGGUCUGCAUGCUGUCUAACUCAAACCUUGACUCCCAGGCCAAGUUCAAGAGGAAGGCUAUCCAAGUUUUCAGACUAUGAUUCAGAUGCCACUACAUGGGAUGAGUUUGAGGCCCAAACCAAGUCCGGUCCUCAGAAAGGAGUCCCAAGGUCUAAGCAUCAAGGAAAACAGCAACCAGGUCCCUUGUUUGAUUCUUCACCUGAUCAAGGCAUUGAAUCUGAUGUUCAGAAGUUCUCCAGCUUGGAAUCUCGAAUGGAGCUUCCCAAGCGUGACUUGAAUAAAUGCACUCACCCUCCCACCUCUUUGAAGUCUCAAGAUGGAGAUGUCACCAUUAUGUAUUGUGAUAGAGAGAAGGCCUUGCAAGAUUCUGCCACUUCAUCAGACCAAGACACUUACACUGCUGAGGUGGAACGUCUAAAGGGUGAAUUAGCUUCCACACAGCAAGCUCUAGAAGAAGCUUUGGAGCGGUUGGCCAGGGCAAAUCACCGCAAGGAAGGUUUGGAGACUGCAAUAUGCCGCCAGCUCCAUCGCACUCGACACAUCCUCAAGCGUGCCCGUGGCAAUAUGGAGGAAAAGAGGGGAGGAAAAAAGAGUUAGCCUCCUCCAUGCCAUGUCAAUCCCCAGUCAUAUCACAGCAUUUUCUGUGAUGGCUCCUUCUUUUAUCAAUAUUUGAUUUUUUUAAUAGCAUUUCUUUUAUAACCCUCCUUCAGCAAGAGUCCAGUGAUUUUAAAGAUAGUCUUCUGAUUCUAUCUCCCAUCAUAGAGGAAAAUUUUGAGCUUGCUGUCCCACCCAGAUACGCUUAUCUGCCUCUCCUAGGGAGAAGCAUAUGCAUGGUGGAUUUUUCAGUGAUGUGAGAGAGCCUCUUAGAGGCACACCGACAGAAGGGAGCAAGCUUCUGUGAGAAAUUCAAAACUACCAGA